AUGGAUGUCGAGGCCCUCAUACAGCAACUGACCCUUGAAGAAAAGGUCCAGCUCACAGCAGGAGUCGGUUGGUGGCACACAGCAUCAAUUGAACGCCUCUCAAUACCCCCAAUCCGCCUCUCAGACGGCCCUAACGGCGUACGAGGAACUCACUUCUUCGACAGCACCCCAUCAUCCUGCCUCCCCUGCGGCACCGCCCUCGGCGCAACAUGGAACACUGAUUUAAUCCACCGUCUUGGGCAAUUACUCUCCGACGAAGCUCACGCCAAAGGUGCACAUGUCCUUCUCGGUCCCACGGUCAAUAUCCAGAGAGGACCGUUGGGCGGAAGAGGCUUUGAGUCGUUUUCCGAAGAUCCUAUCCUCUCGGGUAUUCUGGCAGGGCAUUAUGUACGUGGUGUGCAGAAGAAUGGUGUUUCUGCUACGAUGAAGCAUUUUGCUUGUAAUGAUAUGGAGAGUGCGAGGAUGGCUGUUGAUGUACAGGUUACGGAAAGGGCGUUGAGGGAGGUGUAUCUUAUGCCGUUUAUGAUUGCUGUUGAGAUGGCGAGUCCGAGGGUGUUUAUGACGGCGUAUAAUAAGGUCAACGGGACUCAUGCGCCUGAUAAUCAUCACUUGUUGCAGGAUAUCUUGCGUGAUGAGUGGAAUUGGGACGGGCUGGUUGUGAGCGACUGGUUCGGCACGUACAGUACCACUGAGGCGAUCAACGCGGGGCAAGACCUCGAAAUGCCAGGUCCAACGAGAUGGCGCGGUGAGACUCUGGUGCACGCCGUUACGUCGAACAAGAUCAAGAGGUCAACGCUAGAUGAGCGUGUGAGAAACAUCUUGAAGCUGGUCAAGCAUUCUAUCGAAAACACAAGCAUACCUCCAAAUGCGCCAGAGACUCAGCUUCAGAGCGAAGAAAAUACCCGUCUUUUGCGAGAAGCUGCUGCUGAGUCGGUGGUGUUGCUCAAGAAUGACAAGGGAGUUCUCCCGCUAGAUCCCACGAAAAAAGUAGCAGCCAUUGGGCCUAAUGCGGAUAUCAGCACUUAUUGUGGAGGUGGAAGUGCAAGUCUUCGAGCGUACCAUACUGUUUCUCCAUUGGAGGGCAUCAAGGGUAUUGCGAAAGACGUUUCUUUCACCAAGGGUCUUUAUGGUCAUCGAUCACUGCCUCAAAUAGGCGAGUUGUUGAAGACGGUCGACCAACAACAUCAAGGAUUCACUCUUCGCAUUUACAACGAUCCCCCUCCCAGUUCCGGACCAGAUACACGCAAGGUCCUCGAGACAAGAAUCCUUGAUGACUCAAAUAUCUGGUUUGUGGAUUACGAACACCCCGCACUUGAGCAGAUUUGGUACGCUGAGAUGGAGGGUGUCUUGUCCCCAGAAAAGUCCGGAGAAUGGGACUUUGGUCUGUGCGUCCACGGUACUGGUGAGCUCUUCAUCGAUGGCGAGCUAGUCGUCUCAAAUGUCACCGACCAAAAGCCAGGUAGUUCGUUCCUCGGCUGCGGCACCAUCGAGAAAACAGGAAGCAAGCUUCUUAAGGGCGGUAAGAGUUACAACGUCGUCGUGCGCUGGGGCUGCGACAAGACCUCCGAUCUGAAAGUCUCUGGAGUAGUCGACUUCGGCCAAGGCGGUAUGCGUCUCGGAGGCUGUCCCAGACUUGAGCCACGACAGGCACUCCAAGACGCUGUUGAGUUGGCCAAGAGCGUUGAUCAAGUCGUUCUCUGCGUUGGGACAAGUGGAGAGUGGGAGAGUGAAGGUCAAGAUCGCGCAAACAUGUCUCUUCCUCCUGGCAGCGAUGAUUUGAUCUCUGCUGUCUUGCAAGCAAAUCCUAAUACAGUAGUGCUAAUACAGAGUGGUACGCCUGUUUCGAUGCCGUGGGUUGAUGAGGCUAGUACCAUUGCGCAAGCGUGGUUUGGUGGUAAUGAGGCUGGUAAUGGAAUCGCUGAUGUGUUAUUCGGUGCUGUGAACCCGUCGGGCAAACUGCCAAUCACGAUGCCCCGACGCGUGGCAGAUAACCCUAGUGCUUUGAGCUUCCGAUCAGAGGGCGGUCGCGUGCUGUACAGCGAAGACGUGCAUGUCGGCUAUCGUUGGUACGACACGCUUGACAUUGAACCCUUGUUCCCAUUUGGGCAUGGUUUGUCUUACACUACUUUUGAGCUCUCUGAUCUCCGCGUCGAAAGGAAUGGGGAGUCCGAAGACAAGUUGACAGUGAGUGUGAGCGUGAGCAACACUGGCAUGUGUUCCGGCGCCGCGGUCGUGCAAGUCUACGUGAAACCGCCUCACCCAACACCUCUUACUGCUUCUGCUCUUGACACGACCACGAGGUCUAGCAAAGAGCUCAAGGGCUUUGCCAAGAUCAAUCUAGACGUAGGAGCAGUUGGCAGGGCUGAGAUUGAGCUGGAUGUGCUACGCGCGACGAGUUAUUGGAACGAGAGGGAGGAUUAUUGGUGCAGUGACGCAGGGGAGUAUACAGUGACUCAGCCACCUGCUGUCAUCUCUCCAGAGUUACAUGUCGAGAGUCCAACCCACUACGAGGAAGAAGAGACACUCCAUACAGAAGUUCCGACAUCUCUUGGUAAUUCUGAUCUGACGCUGACAUUUGGAUCGUCGCCAAACGCGCCGUCACCAAGUCGUCCACCUAUUCACAACCAUGUCGCGCACUUCAACCCGCCUCAGAAUGUCGAGUUAUUCGAGCAUCCGUUCCAAACGGAUGAAAUAUGCCCCAGGAGCUUGUUCAUGACCAUAAUGACUGACUACAUCGACCAUAUAUACCCGCUUGUCCCUGUUGUUCACCUUCCCACGUUCCGCGCCGACUUGGCUACCAAUAAGGAUGUCACCGACCUUGACACUCUACUGCUCUUCGUCUCAAUAGCUUCGUUGACUGUCGGCUUGCUGCCAUCGAAGUUUGACAGUUAUCAUGCUCUGGCAGCUCACUUCGGUACUCGCACAGCUACGAUCAGUCACUGCUCUCAGAUGUGCAUUCGUCUUCGGCCCGCGGACUACUGGGAUCAUAUCAGCCAUCGGAAGUGGGCUACUGCAUAUUGUCUCUCGAUCGGAGCAUUUCAAGUUGGACAGAUCAACCAGAGUCGGAUGUUUGAGGCAGAGUCGAUGCAGCUUGCAAGACUAUUAGGUAUGCAUAUUGUGUCUGAGUACGAGGGCUUGAAUCCGAUUGAAACCCAAUUACGGAAGAAGUCGUUCUGGCUGCAGCUCUACACCUUUGCACACUCCAAGAUACAGCCUGGUAGAUGCAAUUACUUGACAUAUCUCGACAACUAUACCAUCCGAGAUGUCAAUUUUGCUGCAUUGGAGCCUCUCAACAUCAUCGACGAGAACAUAACCGAGACAGGAAUUGUGGGCCAGCUUCCAUCGACACCAUCGGUUGGGCUACCAAACAACACCGAAUCAGCAGACGACGCGCCGUUUCACUCCACAACGGUCUUCAUCAUGGCAUCUCGCGCAUUUCUCCUGGGUAUGCGAGAGUCCAUGGUCAAUGAUGGUUGCAAUUGCGGCUUUGGCAGAUCCCCAGAAGAGCGUCUGUCAAAGUUGAGAGAUCUUCUUGAUCAAUUACGGUAUAUACUUGAUGGCUUGCCGACGCAUAUGCGCCAGUGGGGACCGGGUGAUAACUACCAACCUUUUGACAGCAGUGAUAGGCGUCAAGGUGCUUUUGGUGACGCAAAUAUUGAGCAUUUGCAGAAUGAAAGUACCAGAGCCAACCUACACGUCAGCCACUUGUGGCUGCAGAACUUUCUGCUUGAUAAGAUGGAUGUUGCUUUGCAAGAGAUGAAGGACCGAGAAGGAGACGACUCCUACGUCACGACGCAGCUAAAGCAAAAUUGGAGGGAUCGCGAAGAUGUAGCCCGCCAACUUCUGCACAUCCUCCACAGUAUUCCCCAUGCUUACCUAGAGCCCAACGGUCUAUAUCUCCAUUGCGAGUUCCCUGCUGAACUGCCCAUUUGA